AUGAUGGACAACUAUAAUUUUUCACGUCGUUCUUCAUCUAUUAGUUUAUCUAAUCUAGAAGAAGAUGUUAUUAAAGCAGAAAUUGAUAUCGUUAAUGCAACUGCUAAUGUUACUGUACCAUUAAGUGAAUGGCGUAUAAGAUUUCGUAGACUUUGGCAUAACUAUCAUUGGCGUAUGAGACAUUAUUUUUAUUUACAUUUAUUAGUUUUCUUUUGUAAUACACUUAUAUGUGGUGUUAUUGUAUGGAGUAUUGAAAAAUAUAAAGUUCCUUAUAUUGAUUGUUGGUUUCUUAGUGCAACAUGUGUAUUUACAUGUGGAUUACAAACAUAUGAUUUUGCGUCACUUAGUCGAUCAUCUCAAAGUAUUUUACUAUUUUAUACAUGGAUAUCUGGUAUAACUGUUAGUACAAUUCCAGCUAUAUUUAUAAAACUUUAUCGAGUUAAAAAUGAAAUAAUAAGUUCUGAAGAAUCAAGAACAAGAACAAAUGAUAAUGAUAUAUUACCAAUACAAAGAUUUGUUCCUAAUCAAAGUAUUGAUUCAGAUUUACAUGAACGUAUUCGUUUAUUACCAAGUCCACAUAAUCUUCGUGUUACAGCUUAUAUUUUAAUGAUUGUACUUAUUUUAUCAACAUGUUUUGUUAUUUAUUUAACAUCAUUUAUUGCUAUGGGUAUUUGGCUUAAAUAUCAUUAUGAAUCAAAAGAUUUAUUACAAUCAAAUGUAACUAUGAAUCCAUUUUAUGUAGCAAUUGUUAUUACAAUAACUGGUUUCAAUCAAAAUGGUUUAUCACCUUGGACAAAUGGUAUUGGUUUAUUUGUUAAUGAUAUUUUUAUGAAUAUUUUUAUUAUUAUUAUUGUUAUGUCAGGUACUUCAUUAUUUCCAGCUAUAAUUCGUGGUGUUGUUGUUUUAUGUAAAACAAUUGUACCUUGGCGUUAUAAAAUAUUUUUUGAUUAUAUUUUAUUAAAUAAUCAUCGUUUAUCUGCUGUUAUUUUUCCAUCAAUUCAAACACGACUUUAUGUUACUAUUACAAUUUUAUUACAAAUAUUGGGUGUUGUCGUUGCAUUAAUACUUGAUUAUCAUAAUAAAAAUUUAAUUCAAUAUAAAGGAGGAACACGAUUUAUGAUAUUUAUGCUUGAAAUAGCUAAUACUCGUUUUGCAGGUUAUGCAACAACUGAUAUAAGUUUACUUGCAUCGGGAACAUUGAUUAUAUUUGUUUUAUUAAUGGGUGUUAAACCUCAAAUGUUAUGUGCUAUUGAUGAAACUCCAUUUGAAA